UUUUUUUUUUAUUCCUCUCUUUUCUUUUCUUUUACUUCUAUCUAUAGCAACUGACGAAAAAAAAAUGUUCAAGUCUUUAUCACUUUUGUACUUUGUUAGUAUGAUGAUUUGUAUCAAUGCUUUUCCUUUAAUGGAACGUGGUGUGGAUGUGGGUAGUGCUCUUCAAGAAGUGGGAAAAGUGGUAGGCAGUUUUACGGGGAAAGCCACUUUUUUCAAACCAAAGGAAGAAGGAGGUCCAGUUGGUGCCUGCGGUCCUACUGAAAAUAAUGAUAGUAAGAUUGUUGCUUUGAAUUUGCAUCAAUAUGGUGACGCCAAUAAGAAGAGUGAUUGGUGCUUUAAAAAGGUACGAAUUACCUAUGGUGAUAAGUCAACCGAUGCUACUAUCACAGAUGCAUGCCCAGGAUGUCAAGAAAAAUCACUUGAUUUGACUCCCAGUGUCUUUCAAAAAUUGGCUUCAUUUGAUCAAGGUAUCAUUGAUAUCGAUUGGUGUGUACUUGAAGGUGAAAAUUGUUCUGGUGGUAGUCAAGGCAAAUCAGCAUCUUCUUCUGGGAAGAACAAAGGAAAGGGCAAAGCCUAAUAAAAAAAACCCAAUGAAUCUACUUGAUUUUCAACUUGUUCACAUCCUUCAUUUAUUAUCCAUCUAUCUUAUCUAGUUAUUAUUUUAUACAUUUCUAUUAACCUUUCUUUUGAUGUUGUAAUGUCGUUUUUUUUCUUCGUUUCUUAAAUAUAAAUUGUUU